AUGAGAUAUCUCAUUUUUUUUGUGACAUUAUCUCUGUGUGUUAAUCAUAUUCGUGGGUAUAAGGAUGAUGAUGAUGAAGAUUUUUCGCAUCUAGUUGUAGGAGGUUACCGAAUACAAGAUAAUUAUUUCACAAAAUUUAUGGUUUCUAUCAGAACAGGAAAGCCUAUAGUAGCAUACGGCGAUAAUCAUAUGUGCGGUGGUGCUAUCAUAUCAAAACGUUGUGUUGUGACAGCUGCACAUUGUCUAGUCCAUGCCAUGACAACUAUAAAAAUUCCAGUUGGUGAUAUGUAUGUAGUUGCUGGAUCAAAAUACCGCUUAAAUGUCACGACUUCUACACAAACCUUGUAUGUAAAAAAAUCUUUUGUGCAUCCAUCAUAUUCAACAAUUGAGACAGUUGCAGACGUAGGUCUCCUGCAUUUAGAAGGUCAAUUUAUAUUGGAUGACAAAACUGUUGCGGCAAUAACAAUAGCAAGAGAAACACCUAAAGCCAACACAAAAUGCAUCACUGGAGGAUGGGGAUCUGCUUAUUUCCUUGGUCCAUCUCCAGAUAAUAUUUUAUAUGUUAAUUUACAAACCAUAACUAGAACUGCUUGUAAGAUUUUUAUCACUGAAUUUGAAGAAGGUAUGAUAUGUGCGGUAAGUCUUGAAGUACCUGAAAUGGAUACGUGCCAAGGUGAUUCAGGAGGUCCUCUUAUAUGCGAUAAGUUUUUAAGUGGAAUAGUUUCCUUCGGCUACGAAUGUGGUGUAGGAUAUCCAGGCGUUUAUGCAGAUGUGGCAUUUUACAGAGACUGGGUUCUUCAAAAUCAUGCAAUUAUGCACACGAAUAAAUUAAGUAUACUCGUUGAAUUACUUUUGAUUAUAUUUUUGCAAUGUUUUUACUAUGAAGUGAGGUUUGGUAAAAAUCAAUAUAAUACAAUUCCAUUACAAAUAAUAAUAGAGUUACUGUAUAAGCAAUAA